CGCAAGCUUAUAUUCUGCGAUCGGACCCCUGCGACAAAAUGUAGGAUAUAAAGACCAAAGAUAAAAACCCCCUUGGAGUAGGGUUACCAACUGGCCAGGACUGACAUGGAUAUGGUCGUGACAAAUCGUGACGGUCCUUUAAAUCCCUUCUCCCCCUUCAGCAUCACGAGAUUUGUGGACGGCCUCUUAUUAUACACCGCCAUGCAAUAAUGUAAAUACAUUAAAAUUACCUAGAAAGAGUGGUUCCAUCUAUCGCAUUUAGCUCGAAAUCAGUGUAGACAACCAGAAAUUACAGGUCACUGUAGAAUAAAUUCAUGCACAAAUUAUGCAGCAUAAUUUAUGCUACAUCACAAUGUGCUACAUAAUCCAUGAUACAAACAACAACAUAACCUAUAAUAUAAUAUUCCAUGGUGAAACCAUAAUCUGUGAAACCAUAGAUAAUAAAUCAUAAGGUCAAACCUGACCAUAGAUCUUAUUUAAUCUAUGCCUUAAAUCUUUUAUCUAGGAACCUGAGAAAAUGUCGAAAGCUUGAUAAUUUCAAUAUAUCCAAAGUAAAAAAAAAUAACACAGAUACUGUGAUCAUCAAAUAUAAGUAGUAGAGUUUCCAUACCUAUACAAUGGAGCAAAUAGUCAUUAAAAAAGAACCUGAAGAACUAGAUGUCAAUUCUGGAGGUGAUAUUUCAAUGAAUUACGAUAUACCAAUUGGUACCUCUGUGGACUCAGAAAUCCAUUCAACCUCCAGGAUAUCAAUAAAACAAGAAAUUAAAAAAGAAUUAAAAGAAAUUGAGCAAAUAGUUGUUAAUAAAGAACCUGAAAAACAAGUUGAUGAUUCUGAAGAUGAUAUUUCAAUGAAUUACAAUAAACCCAGUACCUCUGCUGUCCCAGAAUUGCCUUUAACCACUGGGAUAGCAAUAAAACAAGAAAUCAAAGAAGAAUUAUAUGAUGAUGAAGCAUUGCUUAACAAAGGGAUUUUGAAAAAAAAAAUUUGGAAUGAAGAAAGUGACAAUUCCGAUCAUGGAGAUGAAAGUGAAAAUUUCUUCUCUUGCUAUAAGAAAGCAGUACGGAACAGUGACUUUUCUGAAGAUGAGGAUGAAUACAUGUUUGAAACGAAAAUGACGGUGGAAUAUCAUGAACUUCAAUAUGAUGAUAUGAAUGCAGAUGGAUUAGGGACUGACAGUGAAGUUGUAAAUAAAGAAGUCCUCCAAAAAGAAGACAAAAUUAAAUCCAACAAUGUCGAUAAUAUAAUUAUAAAUCAAAAUUCUCGUCCAAAAUGUUUUUGGGUUUGGAAUAGAGGAUUAUCUUCUAAUUUAGACAAUGCCGAGUUAAAAAAAAAUGAAAAUGAGAUUGAGAAUCAAAAACAUUUUCCCUGUUCCAAUGCCUCUUUUAUACAAAAUGAAGAUAAAAAGGAGAUGGCGGACUUGCUGGAAAUUAAGAAUGGGAAAAUGGAAUCUGAGAGUUUCAUAGAUUUUUCAAAGGAAAUGGAUAUUCAGUCUAGCAAUGCAAGUUAUUUUUAUUUUUAUAUUCGUUAUUCAAAAAUUGUAAAAGAAACCAUUUUAAAUGAAAACGAAAAAGUAAACAUUGUUACACAAGACAAACAAACAGAUAAAUUAAAUGAAAACAAGUAUAUAAGGAAACGCGAUUUUUGUUAUUUUUGUAAAACUGAUGUGCUAAAUUUUGCAAGACAUGUCCUCACUAGACAUAGUAUGGAGCAAGAUGUUCAGAAGAUUCUUACAACACAAGUAAAUAGUAAAGAACGAAAAAUUUUGUUUACUCAACUAAGAAACAAAGGCAAUUAUACUAAAAAUUAUGGGGGAUAUUUUAAACCUGUUAGAAAAGGUAUGUUGCAGGACACUGAAUACUUGCCAUGUGAAAAUUGUUUGGGGUUCUUUUCAAGAAAGUUGUUAUUUCGUCAUAAGAAAAGGUGUAAAAUAAGCAGUUCCAAAGCACAAAUCAAAAGUCAGAAUCAUUUAUUAAGUCACAUUAAAAUAGAUGAGCAGUUGAAACAGGAAGUAUUUCCUCACAUGAGAGCAGACAAAGUAUCUCUUGAAGCUAAAAAGGAUCCCUUGAUUUGUGCUUUUGGUGCAAGAUACCUAAAAACUCACAGAGAAAAACAUGUUAUAUCUGUUACAUCAAGAAAAAUGAGAGAGCUUUCAAAAGUUUUAAUAGAAGUCAGGAAAAUGAAUUCUGCCAUCACAAAUUUAUUUAGUGCUCUGCAAACAAAAUAUUUUGAUUAUUUUGUGGAUGCUACAAAAAUUAUUGCUAAAUAUGAUAAAAUAAAUAGAAAAUACGAGGCCCCAACGUAUGCUAUAAACAUUGCAACAUUAUUAAAACAAUGCUGCGAUUUAGCAAAUCAGUAUUCUACCGUAAACAGUGCGGAAGCAGAAAGUGACCUCAAAAAUAUGAUUCAUUUAUUCAAUUUAAACUGGAGCUUUGAAGUCUCCACAGAAGCAGCAAAUACUUUAAACACUAAAAAAUGGAAUAAAGUAACAAUGAUACCAUUAGCUACUGACUUACAGUUACUUAAAAGUUAUCUAAUUAAAGUAUCAGAGGCAGCAUUAUCGAAUUUGGAACAAAAAGAGUUAAAUGUAAGAGCAUAUAAUAAUCUAAUGGAAUCAAUAUAUUGUAGAGUAAUAUUACUUAAUCGAAAAAGACCUAGUGAAUUACAGAGAAUGAUGUUAAACACUUAUCUUUCAACUGGAAAUGAGAAACAGCAUUAUGAAGAGUUUUAUAAAGCAUUUACUCCAGCAGAGAAAGUCUUAAUAAAUAAUUUAAAACUUGUUGUUAUAAGGGGUAAACAAGAUAGGGGCAUACCUGUGCUAUUUAGCAAAGAUGUACAAACACAUAUACAAAAACUUCUAAAAUUUAGACCUAAAUAUGUUUCAAACCAAAAUGUAUAUUUAUUUGCAAAAGCAAAUUCAACAAAUAAUAGUAUCAUUGAAGAUAAAAUAAUAGAAAAAUUUGCAAAGAGUUGUGGAGCAAAAAAUCCAUCAGCUAUAACCUCUACUCGGUUAAGAAAACAUUUGGCUACCCUUACGCAAGUAUUUUCCAUGACAGAAAAUGAAAUAGAACAAUUAGCUCAUAUCAUAGGCCACACUGUGGGGGUUCAUAAAAACUCAUAUAUGCUUCCAGAUAUUGUGUACCAGACAGCAAAGAUAUCAAAAUUAUUAAUUUUAAUGGAAAGUGGUUGUGCUGAUCAAUAUAAGGGUCAGUCCUUAAAUGAAAUUGAAAUAAAUUUGGAAGCAAAUCUAUUAGAAGAUACACCAGAAAGUGAUGAAGAAUGUAUUGAACUACCUUCAACAAGUAAGGGAGUUUGUCAGGAAUUGCUGACUAAAAAAACAAGAAUAUUAAUUCCCUGGACAGACCAGCAAAAGACUUUAGUAAGGAAGUUUUUUAAAAACCAUAUUAACAAACAACAAGCCCCAAAAAGAAAAGAAUGUGAAGAAUUAAUAGCAAGACAUCCAAAUUUAUUUAAAAACAAAAGUUGGCGUAAGUUGAAAGUUUUUAUACAAAAUGAAUAUUCGAAGAAAAAAAAAUAAUUCAGUUCCUGCACAGAAGUAUAGUCGCCGCGGCGAAUGUUUUCCGUUGCGUCAUCAAUUUUUGAACCAAGCACAGACAUGUAUGCCGGACGUAUGUCGACAAACCGGUUUUAAAAUUGAUGACGAAACGGAAAACAUUCGCCG